AUCAGCUCCUCCCCUUGAGGAAGUUAAUCGCUGUCAUUCUUUGCUCUCUCAUGUUGUCAAACUUGAAGAGUUUUUACAACUGCAACUCAACUUUGCGAUUCAGCCUGUGUGAUCAUUUACUUUUAUAUUGAGAGGAAUAUCUUGUUAUAUAAAUUAUUUGUGAGCAAAGUUUAUCAUCAUAAUGGAUUCUAACGUGACUGCACAUGUUAAACAAUCAGACGUUGCUAUUCUGUUUUUUACCGUCUUGAGUGGUCUUAUAGUUACUGUACUGUUCGUAUUGUUUGAGGACGAGAAGGCAGAAGAUGAGGAACGUAAGCAGAGGGCACUUGCCUUUAAACAGACCGUCUUCCAGGCUUUCUUUUGGGUUCUCGAUGUUGUGGCAGGAAAUGUGGCCGGUGCUCUGAACGUGCUCUUACAGUAUGUCACACACUUCCUGCAGGCUAUUGGAAUCCAAGUUGGCCUUCCUGUCAAUCCAGUGACACCAGAAGGGGUCAUCAUUGUCGCUCAGUGGGUUUUUCUGCUACUCAUAUGCUAUGGGGUGAUCACUCUUGCCUUUCUAUUGGUCACCUUCUUCCUGAGGUGCUUGUGGUGGCUGCUGAAAGUGGGAGUGGCAUUGGCCUGUUUUGGACUCAUCCUGAAUGACCACAGUGUCGACACAAAAACCAUGGUAUUUAGACUGUUGAGCCUGGGGUGCAUCUGCCUCCUAUUGAGCACCAGGCCGUGUAAGGCUGCUAAAAUUGUUCAUCUGGAUGAGCAGGUGAAGAUCUUAGAAAAACGAGUCUGAGAGAUCGACAGAUGGAAAAGAAAAUGUACUAUUUUGUCUUGUGGGAUUUUGUGUUUUGUGAUUUUUGUAGUCUUUGUUGUUUGUACUGUCAUAUCUAAUUCAAAGAACUUGUGAGUGCUAUUUUCCUUAAAGGGGUUUUGGAACUUCAGGGAUGAAAAGUUGUCAGUAGUGUUGGGCUGAAAAGGUAAAGAAAUACUGCUCAAAACAUGAGGCUCCAUAUAUCCAACCCUAGAUAUAGGCCCCUUAAACACUCUUUGAGAUGAUAGAUGCUAUUAUAUUGAUGAAAAAUGGUAGAUCCCAUCUUACAAAUUGAAUAUCCAGAAAAGUGAAUGUUUUCCAAAAAGUCAGCUAGCCUUAACAAUCAAACAAUCUGAUCUACCAUUUCAAUUGGCUGAAACAGUGUUUGGGUAGCUCAAUAUUCCAGAGGAAACAGAGCUGUGGUGGACUCGCUCUUCCAAACCUCUUAUGUUAUUACCGGGCAGCUAACCAUUGUGCUUCAGUGAACGACAGGAUAGUUGGUACCAUCUCAAAGCAGAAUCCUGCACGUCAUCAGCCCUCCAAGCUUUGGUAUGUUGCCCAACUUCCUGUUGGCCAACAAAAUAUUCACUGAAUUUAGUUGCCGUUCACACAUUUAAGAUCUGGGCCCAAAUUAAACAAAAGUUUAACUGGUCUUCCAUACUUCUAGUAACCCCAUUUUAAUCACCCGUUUUCCCUUCUACACACAUACUGUAUGUACUGGUCUUGUCCUAAACUUGUAAGAUUCUGGGAGUAAUUCUUCACCACAUUUCCCAGAGUGCUUAACAGAAUCAUAAUCCAGUCACCUGAAACUGCAAUUUUUGGUGUGCCAACUGAAAUGCAACCAGCAUGCAAUUCCAGCUUUGGAUGUUGAAGGGAUGGGUGAGGUAAAGAGUAAAAAUGUUAAAAUGUGUGCCCUCCAUUUCUUUGUACACAUAUUCCAUUUUGCAUUUGUCCUAAAUAAAAAAUGUAAAAAAAAGACUA